AUGGAUCGAUCCCAGGUUGGUCCACCGCUCAACCCCAAGCCUUUCCUCACCAAACUGGCGGGGCAGAGUGUCAUGGUAAAGCUGAAAUGGGGAAUGGAAUACAAGGGCAUUCUCAAGUCGUUCGACAGCUACAUGAACAUCGAGCUCGAUGGCGCUGAGGAGUGGGAGAACGGCGUGUUGAAGGGGAAGUUGGGCGGCAACAUCCUGAUCCGCUGCAACAACAUGCUCUACAUCAGAGCCGCCGACCAUACCAGCGCUUAA